AUGCCGACCCACUCCUCUCUUUCCAAAGUCAUCCUCUCGUCGCUGAGCGCGAUGAAAUGGUCGGCGACGCCGUUUGAUGCCGGCUUCGACAUUAACGCUGUGGCCGCGACCGCAAAAGCGCUCCCUUCCCAUUCAUGGGAGUAUGGUACUGCGACCCAAGCUCUGCUCGAGCUAUAUUCCCCCCUGCACUCCGUCUUUGGACCGGCCCCUUUUCCCGUGCGCGAAGUUGACCCAGCGCUCGUCCCUUCACUCGACUACGCGCGGCAGAAGAUUGUCAUCGGCACUGGUGCGAAUGGACUUAGCAACGGCGACGGUGCCGUCGGCGAUCCCGCGAGUCUGGGUGUCAGUGCUGUCCUGCUGGGCAAAACCAACAAGACUUUUGCAGACGCGGCGGCGAGCGAGAUCGAAUAUAUGGUCAACCAAGCUCCGCGCUGGGUAAACGGCGCCAUCUCCCAACGGACGGACGUGCCUGAGCUCUGGGCGGACUUCAUGUACAUGGCCCCGCCGUUCAUUGCCUACUUCGGAGCUGACACCAACAACGAAUCACUCGUCGAAACCGCCUAUCGCCAAUGCGGUUUCCAGCGCGAAGUUCUGCUUUUCCAGAGCGACUCCAAGACUCCGUCUCCCGCAGGCUCUUCUGCCACCAACGGUUUAUGGCAACACAUUAUCGGACCCCAGAGCGCCGACCACGGACUCUGGAGCACGGGAAAUGCUUGGGCUGCUGCGGGGAUGACCCGUGUUCUCGCAACCGUCAUCAAAGCCCCAGUCGCAAAAGGCAAAGCUUGGCAAACCGGCGCCAUCUCCGACCUCACCAGCUGGGUGAAAGAAAUUCUCGACGGCGCGAUGGCCUCUCCCGCCGAUAACGGGCUCCUGCGCAACUACCUCAACGACACGACGACUGCCCAUGGAUUCGGCGAGAUCAGCGGAUCAAGCCUGCUUGCUGCCGUGGCCUACCGGAUGGCCGUGCUUGCCCCUGCCACCAUAGGGAGCAAGUAUGUUGCCUGGGCGGACGACAUCCGCGUCCUGCUCGGCGGAAAGGACGCUGCUGGCCUCCCGCACAUCACCACCAACGGGACCGUUACACCCGCUGUCAACCCUCUGGGCUGGCACGACACCAAGCCGUUCACUGCUGGAAGCCCCGAGGGCAACAACUUUGUUGUUCUCCUCUACGCUGCGUGGCGCGAUUGCAUCUAUGCUGGUGUUUGCAAGAAGCCAGAGUAG